AUGUCCAUCGACGCCGUACCAACUCCAUCGCAUCUGGAUUCACCACAAGCGACUGGAGCGGCGGCGGCAGCCAGGCCGGCCGCCAACCGGACUCGUAGUCGGACGGUUAGCGGCGGGCCGGUCGCCUCGCACACGCUUCAGCCGACGCCUAGCGGCCUGGCCGCCCACUCCCACGCCCAUCUCCACUCCGUCAUCGAAUUGCCCACGCCUUACAUCGUCGGCCGCGGCGAGGACAUCGACCAAGUCCUCGAAGCCGGGGAAGCUGCUCUGAAGCUAGCUCAGCAGGAACAACAGAGCAAGAGCGAAAAAUUUGCCAGUUUGCGCAAACGCAGCAAAAGCUUCGGCGGUACGGUCCCGCUGCGCUCGAGCACGGUCGCCAUCACGAGCGAUAUCGAUGGAUAUGUUCGCGUUGAGCGGCGGCAGAGCACGAUGGAGCGCUCGGGGAGCGGCUCGCAGCCGGCUGGGCGAUUAUCUCUGGCAUCGCGUUUGGUGGGCGGGCUGAGGAUGUCGACGGCACGGGCAUCAGUGGGUCUUCCUUCGGCCCCACGGACGGAAAGCGCCCCGGCGGAGGGCGUGGUAUGGGAGUCGAUGAUGUCGAUGGCGAUCGCGUUCCCGACCCUCGAUUUGAAUGUGACGGGCCUCUCAGCGCCGGUCCCCAGCAUAAAUCCGGAGUCGUUGCCGGAGAGUCACUACCCGCAGACACUGACGGCGGCGUCCGAGGACAUUGACGUUUUAACGGGGAUCGGCCGCGAUGGUCCCAUGUUGGGUAUGGAACGGGCACAGAGCACGGCUGCUGCCGCGCGGCUGCGUCACCCAUUCACGCAGGUGGCGGGGAAUGUCGUAGGGCUUCCGGAAAACGGGAAAGCUGGUGAGGGCGGCAUGGUUAAGGACGCGUUUGAUGUUGACAGGAUGUUAUCGUGGGCGGAUUUGUCGCAUGAACCGGGCAGCAAAACUCCAGGCGCGACAUCUAGGGAAGCGGAGGGGGCCUAUGCUGACGGGGCUGCAGUUGAGAGACGGUCGAGUUCGCCGCCUCCGGGCGCAACGAGGGGGACCGCCGGGCGUCGCGGCAAACAGCAACAAGGAAGCCUACCUUCUGCGCCUACAUCUGCCAGCCGACCGGACAUACCCAUACCCAUUCUUAUUCUCUCGGACGACAAACAAACCGACAUCGACGAGGUGCUCGCCAUGGACCCCGACCCAAUCGCCGGUCUCGCCGCGUCCAUCCCGCGCUCCUUCACGGACGCCGGCGAUUUUGGGUUGUUGGACGACCCGGCCACCGCCAUGCCACGAGCAUUUUCUAGCGUGGCCACGUCUCCGAGCCGAGCGACUUCACCGUCCAAGGGCCUCAUGCAUCGGAGUCUGGACAACCUGCGGGAUCUAUAUCAUAAUACAUAUACCCAUCGUGAGCACCAUCACGACGAUGCAGCGGCGCACUCGCCUCAUGGCAGUCCCAGUGAAGAGAUUCGCGAGAUUGCGGCAUGUAUUCGCGACGAGUCGCGGGGUGCUGAAGAUAUCAAUGCGCUGAUGAACAUGGGAUCCGACGCGGAUGCAAGCAAAAAGCAUCCGCACCACCACCAGCAACAACAUGGUACCAUACGUCGGCCUAAUAUGGCAGAUAUUGCGGGAUUGAUUGAUGUAGGGGAGGGAGAGGGGACGAUCUCGCGACGCCGGAAUACUAGCAAUGCGGCGAGCACUUUGGUGGGAACAUCUCCCACCCGUGGAUCAGCGGACAAAAUGCUUCAGGAACCAAAUGAGAGGGAGGACGUGCAGCAACCCGUCCCGGUCGCCGCUCAAUCCGUAAACGACGCCCGCGAAGUCGUGCCGGACAGCCCGCUGACGCCGCUCGUGAGCUACUUCGAGAUCGACCAAGCGGAAGUCAUAACCCACCACACGCCCGCCUCUACUACUAACCCGCACUCCAUUCCCACCACCUCCUUUGACAUCGACCACUACAUCUCCGGCGACGCGCCCGCACGCCUGCACGACCCACGCGCAGUCACGGUCGUCGGCCCGCUUGUGACUGAAGGUCACAACACGAAAGGAAGGAAGAGCCUAGGGGGACCAAACGCUGCCAUUGUGAGCACGGCGGCGCUGGGGAUUCGACCCAUAGACGACGGCAUCGGGGACCCGGCCGCGGCGAUCUUGGAGGCGCGAGACACACAACUCGCGCUGGAGGAGCGGGAGGAAAGUGGGGGAGCUGUCAUUGGGGGACUCGUGGCUGGGGCUGGUGUUGCGGGUUCCGCAACGUUCGCGCGCGACGCCAAGCGGCGGUUGACAUCGCUGGAUAUCAAUCAUUUUAUGGGCAUCGCCGAAACGGUGGAAACUGAUCACGAGCAUUUGGCGCUGAACGAGGCUACCCGGGAGCGGGUCACAUCCAUCGGCAGGUCAAGGGAUAUUAUGCAGUAUGUGUCGUAUGGCGCCGGACUGGAUGCGGUCGGCGGACUGGAUGCGGUCGGCGGACUGGAUGUGCCCGGUGAGGAAGCCCCUCUGCUCGAAGAGCCUGUCGCAUUGGCAGGCAAGGAUCCGCGCGGCGUCGGGACGAGCGCGAUCCUUUGUUGA